CGGGAAGCGCUGAUUGGCUCUGGGCGGAGCGGGAGGCGCGAACAAUGCUGCCCUCCCCCCUUAAAAAGCGGGGCGCGAGGCUCGGCAGUUUCGGGGGGGGCGACGCCGCGAGGAGGCGGAGGCGCGCGGGCGCCCAGCGAAGAAGAAGCAGCAGAAGCAGCAGAAGGGCCGAGCGGAGAGGGUGAGGCUCCGGCUGAAGAAGAAGAGAAGGAUGCCCCGGGGCUUCCUGGUCAAGAGGAGCCGCAGACCGACGCCCAUCUCGUACAGGGCGCGCUGCUGCUACGCGGAGGAGGCGCAGGGAGCAGCCGUGCCUUCGCCACCGCCUUUGCCUUUGGCUCUCUCCUCGCUGCCGGCGCCGCCUUUCCCGGGCUUCGGCACGCCAUCCUCGCCGCCCUCUCCGCCGGCGCCGCUCCGCAGCCCCGCGCGGGCCGUCAGCGAGGAGCGCCGCCUCCCUGUCGGCUCCCCGCUCUCGGCAGAGUCCUUCCCGGCGCCGCUUUUAGCCCAUGGCGCGGAGGUGCAGCUCUGGGCCGCCAUCUCCCCUCCUCCUCAUCCCCAACCUCCUCAGCCUCCUCUUCCUCCACCCAAGCGGCCUCAGGCUCGGAAAGCCAAGACGGCGAGGAAGCUGCACUUCGAGGACGAAGUGACAACGUCGCCAGUGCUGGGAUUGCGCAUCAAGGAAGGGCCCUUGGAGCAGCAGCAGCCAAUCACGUCCUCCUCCUCCUCCUCCUCCUCGUCUUCAGGGCCUCGUUCACAACCUUUGGGAGAGUUCAUCUGCCAGCUGUGCAAGGAGCGCUACCCGGACCCGCUCUCCCUGGCGCAACACAAGUGUUCCCGCAUCGUCCGCGUCGAGUACCGCUGCCCCGAGUGUGACAAGCUCUUCAGCUGCCCGGCUAACCUCGCCUCACACCGCCGGUGGCACAAACCUAGGCAGCAGGCCGCUUCCGCCGCGGGGAAGGCCAAAGCGGCGCGUGAGGAGGCGCCGAAAGGGCGCGAGAGCGAGCGCGAGGGCGAGCGCGAGACCAGCCCCGUCUUGGUUGAGGAGCGCGAGGACUGCGCCAAGCAUUUCCGGCAGCAGGAGGAUCUUUCUACGGAUGGCGAGGAGGGUCACCAACCUUCUCCUUCUCCUUCUCCACAACAACACCCAUGCCCUGCGUGUGGAGAAGCUUUCCCGACCAAAGGCGGGCAGGAGCGUCACCUCCGCCUCCUUCACGCCGCCCAGGCCUUCCCUUGCAAGUACUGCCCGGCCACUUUCUACAGCUCCCCGGGCCUCACCAGGCACAUCAACAAGUGCCACCCCUCCGAGAACAGGCAGGUCAUCCUCCUCCAGGUGCCUCUCCGCCCGGCUUGCUAGGCCUCAAAGAUGACUCCCCCCUCUCCUCUCUCUUUCUCUCUCUCUUGGAUGCCUUUACUGCCCCCUUCACAGGCUUUACUGACCCCCUCUCCCUUUUUGAUUAGCUUUAUUAUGGCUUGUGAAGCGUUGGAAUCUGGCUUUACCUUUUUCUCCUCUUCCCCUUCCCCUUCGAAGCUUUCUUUUUGUAUGUGAGCAGAAUUAAAAUAUAUAUAACUUUGGUUAGUAUAGCCCAGGCCUGGGCCAACUUUAGCCUUCCAGGUAUUUUGGACUCCAACUCCCACCAUUCCUAACAGCCUCAGGCCCUUUCCUUUUGCCCCUCAGCCGCUUAAGCGGCUGAGGGGCAAAAGGAAGGGGCCUGAGGCUGUUAGGAAUGGUGGGAGUUGGAGUCCAAAACCCCUGCAAAGGCCCAAGCUUUCCCAUCCCUGGUAUAGCCACAAAUGCCUUGACUUGAUUGUUGUUGGUUCUUCAGAUUGUUGUAGAAGCUGCCUUAAUAAUAACAAUGACAUGCCAAUCUGUUUUUUUAUAUAUAUAUAAAUAUAUAUAUAUUGUUUUGUUUUCGAAGUAGAAUCCUCUGUUGGCGCUCUGUGUAUAUGUUGAUUUAUGCGUAAUUGUGUUAUUUAUUGGUUUAUUUAUUAUUAAUUAAUUCAUUGACGAAUUCAUGGGUGUCUCUCCUAUUCUAUCUCGACUGUGCUUGGCCUUUCUCUACCCGCACCUCCUGCCAUUUCACUGUGCUUUUUUAAAAAACCAGGCUGCAAUGCUAUACUUUACUCGCCAAUCGAGACUCCUUUCUAGGUGUUGCAGCCGCCCCUUUUUGGUUUCCAAAAAAAAAAAA